AUGUCUGGCGAUUUCUUCAUCGACAGCCCGGUCCCGCCGAAGCUGGACUUGACCGGUGCCAGAUCUCGCUUCUACCACUCGCCGCAGCCAGCCUCAACGGCAUCCUCGCUGUCGUUGUGUCGCACUCUCUCGACGCCGCUCAUGGGCAGUUGCAAGCGUGCUCGCUAUGGAUAUGGCGGGCUUGAUGACCGGGCUAUCUGGGACCGUCAGUCUCCCGUCUCGCGGAUCUCGAGUCCUGUGCCACUGGCCAACACCGAAUACCUACUGGCAGAGGGAGGUCUGGAUACCGGGCUGUUGACGACGGCAGGGCAGCCGAUACUAGGAUUCUCGUCACAGCGUGAUGGCGAUAACGAGGAGUCAGAGCUUGACUACCGACCCACGAGGUAUCGAAAGACCAGUCGGACAAUGGUGGACGUACCAGUUACACCCUCAAAUGCCGAAGGAACAAAACGGAAACGGGACUCCCCGAUACCCCAGGGCGAUGACACCGGCGUGAAAAAUUCUCCAGGCUGGGGUGAGGCAGUCCUCAACCUCGUUGGAGGCGUUGCUGGUAAAGUGUGGAAUUUCUGUGUGUCAGCUCCCUUCCGAGGGUUUCACGCCGGCGGAGGCAGGGGGUACGAUAUGAACGGUUACACAGCAACGGUACAACCAAGCAAGAAACGGGAGAGGCCCUCUCUGUCACAACGGAGACGCUCAAGCCGUUUGAUGGAUGAUAUACCAGUUCCUGGCCGUUACCCGGUUGACGAGAACUAUCACAUCGACAAGCCGCGCCGGGAAGAUAUACACAACAACUGGGUUCUCGUCAAGGAAGACGAGGAUUCACGGGAGAGCAGCCCAUCUUGCAGCUCCAAGAAGCAUGCUCGCCGGAACAGCGUUGUUCACCAUGUCCCUGCACGCCGUUCUGGUGCCAGAGUACAGACCAAGCGGCCCACGACACCUCUUACACCCACACGUUCCACCAACCUCUCUCCGCAUGUCUACUCUCCUUCAUCUGCAUCUGUCUACAAGACGCCACCAAAGCACACUACGGUGUCAAACCCCAACGAAACCCCGUUGUCACGAGAGACUCAGAGACAUGCUGCCAAACUGAGGCGCAAGGAACGUGAAGAAGAUGCCAGCAUACGCAGGCUGAAUCACCAGCUGAAGGCCAUGAUCAGAGAAGGGAGACAGGCGCUGGGAACUCGGAUCGAGGUUGACGAAAUGGACCUUGAUGAAUGGGACUGA